CUUGAUUAACACGUAAUUCAAAUGGUUAAAUCGCCACCAAGUUAGAGAAGAGGACACAAGGAGAUUAUGGUUUGAGUUGGAAGAUACUUCUGGAACGGGUUGGUUUUGGGGAGUGCUUAUUCUGUAAAAGGAUCCGAGAUGUCUUUAUCUGUAGACCCUCAACUGCAGAUCGAGCACAUUAUGGUAUCGAAUGUAACCGCAACGGGAAACGAUGUGAUUGCUUCACCGAAUGAUGGUGCAGGUGUUGAUUAUGAAGAAACUUAUCUUUUUGCGGAACGAACGAGGAACAGCAAUAGCCUAAGUCCUGAACAAGCAUUCGCUCAUAUGGUUAAGGCCAUGUUGGGCACUGGACUGCUCUCAUUACCUCUUGCUUUUAAGCAUGCUGGACUAUGGUUGGGUUUGGUGCUAAUGAUUAUACUAUGUGGCAUAUGCUUAUACUGCAUGAGACUGGUAGUUUAUGCUGCACAUUACAUCUGUCGAAGAAAUGGUAGAGAUGUUAUUGAUUAUGCUAACGUCAUGCGGAGUGCUGUAGAAAGCGGACCGACCUGGAUAAGUAUCCAUGGGUAUUUCUUUAAACAAUUGUUAAAUAUUAACAUGUUUUGUGCGCAACUUGGAUUCUGCUGUGUAUAUUUUGUGUUUAUGGCCGAUAACAUCCAAAGCUUUUUCGAUGUGAACACGAUGAUUCAUCUACCCAGAUCAGUAUGGAUGGUACUGCUUCUUAUUCCCAUACUGUCGAUAUGCUCGAUUCGUCGUUUAAAUAAGCUAGCUCCAUUCGCCCUUUUUGCCAACUGCUUAUAUUUGUCUGCCGUAUUUAUCUUACUGUACUUCUUCUUCACUCAUUUGAAAUCGUCGUCCGAUUUCCCAGCUAUUGGACAGAUUGAGAACAUUCCUCUUUAUUUUGGAACAGUUCUGUUCGCUUUUGAGGGAGUUGCCGUGGUUUUACCGGUGGAAAAUCGUAUGAGUCAGCCACAACUUUUUAUUAAAUGGAAUGGAGUUUUGAAUUGUUCAUGCUUGGUUGUGAUGACUAUAUUUGCGAUGAUGGGUUUUUACGGUUACCUUGCUGUUGGUGAUGAAGUCAGCGAUACAAUCACUCUGAACGUACCACACGAGCCGAUGUACCAAAUCAUUAAACUCAUUUUUUCGAUGUGUGUAAUGGUGUCAUAUCCCUUACAAUUUUUCAUCCCGAUGGAACGAAUCGAAAAAUGGAUGACUAGGAAAAUCCCAGUUGAAAAUCAGACGGCAUAUAUCUACUUUGCGCGAUAUGGAAUUGUGUUGUUGACAUGUGCAGUUGCAGAACUCAUUCCACAUCUUGCCUUGUUUAUCUCGCUUAUUGGAGCAUUCUCAGGAUCUUCGAUGGCUCUGCUCUUCCCACCUUUCAUCGAUCUCCUUGUCUCGCAUUCUCGAGGUAAAUUAGUGCUCAAGGUUUGGAUAAUCAAUUUGACCUUAUUACUUUUUGCACUGAUUGGUUUGGUGGCAGGAACAUAUACUGCAUUGGUUGAAAUAUUCAAAAAGAUUGAACAGCCAGUCUAGUGUUUUUGAACAGUUGAAUCUUUUGCUAAUCUGUUAAAAAACAGGAAUCAAAAUCGCAUUUAACUGUAAGAAAUUUCCAAGUACUUGGAGCUUAAGUUCUUUGUUCAAGUUGCUCUUUUCAUUUUUUUUCAUAACCACAUUCCUGAUUCUUCUGGGUACCAAACUAUUAAGAACUGGUGUUAAUGUUUUGUUUUGUUGUCCUUUUGUGUUUAUUUUCAUUUUAAAGAACAAAUAAAUUAUUAAGUCAUCAAAUUCAUAAAAGUUUCGAAGUGAAAGGAAUUUGUGUUUAGUGUAAUGGGUAAUUUAAUGAGAUUAUGCUAAUCUAAUGGAUAAUUUAUUCUGCAGGUUUCAC